UCUAACGCCAUGUUGGCUGUUAUGACUUGCCUUGUUGUUUUCAUCAGCUUUACUACGGACUUUUGACAGGAGUGGCUCUCUUAAAUCCCCCAGCGUAUUUGGAGACGCUUUAUUCCAAAAAAUUUUGUGCGUCACGUGUUUUGGAUGAUACGCGCGGAGUAUGCGUGCAGCACUCCCCUGACUUUGCUUUUGAAAGGAAUACUACUUGGAAUUAGCAGUCUUUAAAAAGGGUUUGGUUGUUGUUUGUGUGUUGUUGUUUUUUUUCCUUUGUCAUAUGUGCAACAAAAUGUCAGAUGUUCGCCUUUCUAAUGCGAGUCCGACAUUGGAGAGGGUGGAUGCUCGGCCGCCAGACAACGUCAGACCUCCGGUCCGUAGAAACCUUUUCGGUUCACCUGACCGAGAGGAGUUGCGGAGGUAUAUGACGGCUACGAUGCAGAAUGACGUGCAGGCUUUUACGGAGCUUUAUAAUUUCGAUCCCGUCAACAACAGACCGCUCUCUCCGGGGAAUUUCGACUGGCAGGAGGACAGCAACCCACCGGAGUUUUAUCUCAGACCGCCUCACGGGAACGAACGGCCCCAGCCAGAGGACGACUUGCCCGGCGAUGACCGGCAGGAUGCCGCGGAGGGGAAUGAGAGGCAGCUGGUUCGCCCUCAAAGGAGAGACGGUUCAAGGAAAAGACCCGCAGGAGAUUCAGGUCCCUGCUCCAGCGACUGUCAGAGUAAAAAGUCGCAUACCGACGAUGAUGAUGAUAAUGAUGACGACCCGGCGAAAGGUGCAGGAAGUCAGGCGGUGAAAGCCGUGGAGAUCAGGCCAGACAACAACGCGGAGGUCCAGUGAGAAAAACACACAUGCCAGAGCAGGGAGACCUGUUGCUGGUGGAAUACUGUGUAGCCUCGCUCAGCAUCUGACAGACCGGAGAGAGAAAAACAAAAGCAGCCUUUCCUACGAAGGGAGGAGGAGAAGGCUGCACAAGCACUGAAUAUGUACACUAGCAAGUUUUGGCACUCAUUUAAAUUAAAUUGCCUCAGAAGCAGCAGACGAUGUAGCAGUGUGCAAAUGGAUUUUUGCUCAUUUUUUUUUUAUUACUACCUAUGUUUCAGAUGUAGCACAUAAAAAAAGCAUAAUAUGCUUUUCAUACCUAUGUUAAAUGUAUUUGAGUAAGUGUGUGAAUUUGACUCGGGGGAUUGCAGUGCAAUUUCCAAAAGAGAAAUAUUAUUUUGUUAAAGUGGUCAUAUUGUAUCAUUAUUCAGGUAAUUGAUGUAAGUUAAAAAUGCAGAUUUCAAAAAGUCAGGGUUAUGUGGAAACAAAAUGUCUUCACUUUUUCUAUGGCUUUAUGUGUCCCAGUGUUAUAUCUUUGUUUUUGAAGGCCCAGAUGGCCACACUGUUGAGGGUCCAUCUAACUGGGAAUAGCCAUGAUAGAUAAAGUUUACAUGCAAAUAAUGUCACCUUUAAUUUCCCCAAUUAAUUUCAUUAUCUUUUUUUUUUUCUUAAGGGUUUUUUGCCAAAGUUUGUGCCUUUUUUGUAUGGGAAGGGGGGUGGGUGGCUAAACUGCUGAGCAAUAUCCAACCAAAUUUAACAGUAUUUGCUAAUAGUCCUAAGAAUUAGCUUUCUAUUUCUAAAUUAGGUGUUUUAAUAUUUUAGUGACUCAUAGGUCACCUACAGUACCCCCCACCCCCCAUUAUAAAUGGUGUAGUCCAGAUUAACAUAGGUCAAACAUGUUAGAAAAAAAAAAGAAAGAAAGAAAGAAAAGAAUCACUGGGCUACUUAUUAUGCAAAUAUGUGAAUCAAAGAUUUGUCUUUUGUGGUGUGAAAUUCAUGUGGAACAUGUAAUUGCACUAUUGUUAAUUUCUCAUUCUUGUGAGGGCAGAAAAACAAAGUUACACUGCCUCAGCUGGUGUAAAACUUUGAAGUGUACCUGUGUCUUUUUUUUUUUUUUUUUUCGAAAAACACUGAAAAUAUUAUACUAACUUAUUUAUGUUGAGCUUUUUUUGUGGGUGUAUGUAUAGCUUCCCAAAGUGACAUUUUUGUGCAUUUUUGUAAAUAUAUAUUUUCAUUAUUGUUUUUAAGAUAAACUGAGCCUAAUAAUCGAUUUUAUACAUGUGUGUUUUGUAUAUUUUUCUUCAAUCUGCAAUUUGAUUGAUUAAAAAGUAAUGCUGGUGU